AUUCCCUUAAUUAGUAUUACAACAAUAAUUUAUAUCAUCAUUAUAUUAAUUCUCAAACAACAAAAGAAUACUUAAAUAUAUGAUUUUCUCGAUAGAUGGUAGUUAUUUCCAAGAUCCUACCAUAUAAAUUCAACUUUGGACUUAAAAUGAAAAUGAACCCAUAAAAUCAACUUCUCUCUCCCCUAAUUCAUCUCCACCAAACACAUUAUAAGGGAGAAAGAAAUUACUUGGAGGGAAUCACCUUUCUUUCUCCACAUCGGAGCCAAAAACUGUUUUUCACUUUUUCACGGUUCUCUCUGUUUCACUCCGCCGCACCACCACCACCGCCGCCGCCAAUUCUCUACACCGCCUCUUCCCUCACCAAUUUUUCACCGCAAUUUCGUCUCACUAUUUCUACUUCACACGUCAAAUCAAAGUAAACCACACAAAAACCCUUACCUGAAACCAAAAUGCACGGUAGACCUCGCAAACCGUUGAAAGAAGAAGACGAAUCAGUUUUAUCAGCCAAAGCUGAAAAGCUUCGUUUACUUCAAUCUCAGUUCCUCGCCAAUCACCAAAAUCGCAUAUAUAGCAAAGAAGCAUUAGAUUUGAGCGCGAAGCUUCUAGAAAAUAAUCCAGAAUGUUACACAGCUUGGAAUUACAGAAAACUCGCUGUUCAACACAAUCUCUCUCAAUCUGAUUCCGAUUCCGUUGCGUCUCUCUUCGAUCAGGAGCUCAAAUUGGUUGAAAAUGCGUUGAGGAAGAAUUUUAAGUCCUACGGUGCUUGGCAUCAUAGAAAAUGGGUGCUCAGCAAGGGGCAUUCAUCCAUAGAUCACGAAAUGCGGCUUUUGAAUGGUUUUCAGAAGGCCGAUCCGCGGAAUUUUCACGCAUGGAAUUACCGGAGGUUUGUUACUGAUCUAAUGAAAAGAUCAGAUGAGGAUGAGUUGAAAUACACGGAGGAAGUGAUAGGGGAAAAUUUUAGUAAUUACUCUGCGUGGCAUAAUAGGAGUGCAAUUUUAUCUAAUUUACUUAAAAGAAAGGCUGAAGGAUUUUCACACAAAGAAAAGGUUUUGCAAGAGGAGUAUGAACAUGUCCGCAAUGCUAUUUUUACUGACCCAGAUGAUCAGAGUGGUUGGUUUUAUCAUCUUUGGCUUAUUGAUCAAACCGUGAAAAAUGGUGCUCCUCUACUUGUUUCAUCUUGGCCAUCUCGUGGAUCUACUAUAACACUGAAUGGACAUGGAAACAACCGUCUUCAUGGUUUGUCUCUGUUGAAUAGUACACUAUCAGGCACUACAACACUUCCCAUCAUUCUAUAUUUUAAUCAAGCCGUUGAAGGCAUCAACUCGUCCACAGUGGCCGUUAAAUCUGAAAUAUUGAAAGAGGAUCUUGUUUGGAAACCACUUUCAGUAAACAACUCGAGUACUGCUCAAGUUUGGGUUGUGUACCUAAAACUUGGAAAUAUGGAGCUCCAACUAUCGAAAACCUACUCUAUAGAGAUCACCAUUGGAUAUUCUGCGGGUAUUGUAUCUUCAAAUGGAUAUCAUUAUGGGGACCCUUCCCAAAUUGCUUUUGAAUUGUGUGUACAGACUGCUCAUACAGAACCUGUUGAAGGGCAAUAUCCAAAGUUGACUUCGUGGAAGGAUAGUGAUUUCCAAAAAAUUGAUCAUUUUGAAGAAUCAAACUUCGUUACAUCUACUGAUCACCACAUUCCAACAACUUCCAAUUGGUGCAGGGAGGCAAUUGAUGAAGAAAUAACAAAUUAUCAGGAUUUGUUGUCAGACUGUAAAAUUGGAAAGCUUACACUUGCAAGACUUUUGACUGCUCUUGAUUCGUUAUCACCUGAACAUGAUAAAAGAAAAAAGCACACCGACGAAAUUCUUAAACUUUACACUGAACUGAUGAAGUUGGAUCCAACACAUUCUCUAUACUACAAGGAUGAGCAUAGUCUGGUAUUACUUCAGCAGAUAACUUCAUCUGAAGAGUCUUUACUACCACAUUGCCACUACUAUAAAGAUGCAACGGAAACAAAUACUAGUUAUGUCUGUCUACGAUUACAAAAUCUAUCGUUGUCACGGAUGGGGUCCAUCAAGAAUUUACUAUGGGUGCAAAUGCUAGAUCUUAGCCACAAUGAACUUCGAUCAAUUGAAGGGUUGGAGGCCAUGCAACUUCUAUCUUGCUUAAAUCUGAGUCAUAAUAAACUUGGUAGUUUUACUGCUUUGGGGCCUCUCAGAUCGCUCAAGUCACUUAAAGUGUUGAAUAUCUCUCACAAUGAGCUAGGCUCUCACUCUAUUGACACAAGAAGAUAUCUCUGCUCUUCUCCUUUAGCACAUACUGAAGUAUUUGCCUGGGACCGUUUUGAAAUCCUUUGCGGCAGUUACAGUGCCACAAAGUUUUGGGAAGCUUUCUUGAUCUUUGAAAGCUUGAACUUGACAGAUUUGAACAUUACAGGAAAUGCAGUUGCAGACGAGAACUUCACUUCAUUUAUCGUCAAAGUUUUGCCUACACUAAAGUACCUAAAUGAUGAAGAGUUAUAAUGACUUUUCCAGGCCUUUAAGGAUACAGGUUUUUGCUUCUGGUAUAAAGAAAAGAUAUACUUUAUAGAGAAGAUGGUUCAUAGCAUGUUUGUUAUGGCGGUGAACUCGACACUGCCUUGCGUUUAAAGAGGAACUUAUAUUAAUAGCUUCACAAAAUCAUGCUAAAAUUGGCAUUGAGACACGAGAAUGUUAAUUUGAACGUUGAACCAGACAAUAAAUCGCUCAUUGUGUUACAACCUUGUUUCGAUAAAGGUCAUUUCUUUAACUGCAUUACUUUCAGUCAUUGUUGUAUGAUUGUAUCACAGGUGCUGGAUUGAUAGUAUGAUUACACAUGUAAAAGUCAGUAACAUUUUUUACUCAGUAUUAACACUGAAUUAUGUCUCUAAUGAGUGAUAUUACCCUUUAUUUAAAUCUCAUUACCAUAU